GGAGGGAGGUGGAACUAGGAGCUCUAGGUCUGUAGCAUCCAUGUAGCUCUGUCUGCCUGUUGAAGAAUAGGGCAGGAGGAAAAAGGGAAUGGAAGGAAGAGCGGAGGACUACAAAGGGAGGACAGAUGCGUGAGUCGAUACUGGGGGCUACUGGAGGGUAUACUGGGGGGACAAAGCGAGGGCCAGACGACUGGCUCCUCUGGGGGAAAGGCUGUUGUUAGCUGUUCAUAUUUAUAGCAGCUGAGCUCCCUUCUCUCCUGCUGAGGAGAAGAGGAGGAGGAGGAGGAGGAGGAGGAGGAGGAGAACCCCCUCUCUUUUUUUUCUUUUUUCCAUCCCCUGCUUGGACAGUGCCCAUCUUCAGCUCCAGCUGCCAUCCACUGUGAAAGGAUUUGAUGAAAGACACAAUCAACAAGCCUGGCAUCUCUGAAAAAGCCCAUGGCAGGGGAGUGACCCAAAGAGGGCCGACAUACACUGUGUUCAGUGACUAAACAAGCCCAUCGACCAACACCACCACCACUCCAAUCCACAGCCAUGUCUUUGACUACCCUCAAACCUGAUUUCUUCACUCCUGCCUCGGUCUCGUUCCCCAGCCGCCUGCCCACUCUACCAGCCAGCACCUCCAGGCCAUUCAUUAUCAGCACUGUGGAGAGCAGGACAGAACAGGACAAUGUCACAUCCAGAGGCACCUUCCAUCCCACCACAGUGACAGCCAACGAGACCGGCUUCAACUCCACACAGCUCCCCAUAGUGCCGGUGGAAGGCGCAGGGAUGAGUAUGGUCCUGCUGCCUUUUGGCAUCAUCACUGUCAUUGGGCUGGCUGUUGUUGUGCUGCUGUACAUAAGGAAAAAGAAAAGGCUGGAGAAGCUCAGACACCAGCUCAUGCCCAUGUAUAACUUUGACCCGGCCGAGGAGCAGGACGACCUGGAGCAGGAGCUUCUAGACCACGGCCGAGACGGCAGCCCAGCAGGGCCGAACUCCAAAUUUUGACACAAGGCCAUAUGGUUUGUUGCUUGUGACUCUGACGACGAGUCAAGGCACCACGCAAAGGCCGAGUCGACUGGUCUUCACGGAUGUCGCUGAUGCCAUUAAUGCAUGACAGCAGCCCUGCAGCACAAAGGAGGACUCGGGAAACAUAUCCAGGAGACUGGACACUGCCGGCGUCAAGAAGGCUCACGUUUCAGUAAAAGCUGAGACACACCACUGAUAUGCUAAUUACUGGGAUAUUUGUUAAGCCUAUAGGCACAAAAAUAAGGACAGAGGUUUCUUGUCUUCUUGGGACGGUUAGGCCGCGUUUACUUUAGAAAAGGGAACGUCUAUAAGUUAUCAGAAAGCCUGUUUAAUGUGGAUUUCAUUUCAACAUGUUCAUGCUGCUUUAGUCACUAUAUGCACACUGACAUGGACAAAGACUUAAAAAGUCAUCAGUUUCUUAUAUAUAUGCAUAUAUAUAUGAAUGAACUUCACUGGUUGUCAUGUAUCAUUUUCAUUCCUGGUUUCCUAACUGCAUGCAUCUUUGUGAGAAGUGGUUGGUUUGUGUUGGAAGGCUAGACAGAAGCUCCGUUCAGAGCCUUUUCAUGAUUCUUCACCUCGUUUCUUCUUCUUUUGGUGUUACGUAGAUCCCUUUCAUAGAUGUUCUGUGAACAUUCAUUGAGGAACGCUUCUACUGGACACUUUUUCUGAUCAUUAAGUUGUCUUUUCAGCACACCUAGGGACGUAUGCCUUUUUCAAAGGGGGCAAGAAUGCCAUAAGAUUUGCUGUGGAACUGAGCGCUACAGCUGCUAGAAUACGUUCAAUAUUAUUGCUAGCAGUGCUGGCAAAGUCAGUAAGGUAAUGCUUUUAAUUUUAGCUGCGUUUUGAACCAAUCAAAGUCAAGAACCCUUUAAGAGUUUUCUUUUGAAAGAAUGCAUUCAUUUGGACAGAUAUUUUGGAACAUUUUUAUUUAUGACAUUUAUAGUACAUCAGAGGAUGAGCUUCUUUCAUACGAAAGACCAGAGAAGAGACAAAAGACAACGAGAGCCAAUGCAGCCAAGCCUUCCUAAAUCAAAGACCUCAGUGAGAUCUGAAGGGUUCUGUGGAACUCAGCUUCCUCAAAAAGCUUCUGCGCUCACUGAGGAACUGCGUCAGACCUACUGGAGCAAGAGCUAGCAAGAAUUUCACAGUGACUUCAAAAGCAGGUUCACGUCCAUGCUCUGGCGGGCGGACGCUGAGGCGCAGUCAAAGAGCUGGCGCUGUGUGGGAAGACUGGACUUCCAUCAUAGUUUAUCAAACAAGGCCAAAGCGACAGAACACCAUUACGACUCAUUUGGAGUGGGAUUCUGGCCAAAGGAAACGUUUCAGGAAGGCUUUGGGCCAAAGGUCAAGGGGGAAUUACUGUCCAAAGGCCUUGGAGGACUGUGGGACAUGGAAAUGGAGACUGCUGAAAGGGAAAUUUGAAGCAUUCUCUAUCUGCUUGUGAUAUAUCCUUCUCCACUGUGUGCUUCCAGCCGGUGUACGUUCAGAGGCAACCCAUCACUGUUUAGGCACUUGAACUGAGAAUCAUGGAUCAAAAUGGAUCCGUAACUGGGAAUUUGCAAUGAGGGAAUAGUAGAAAAUGAGUUUACUUCAUCUUUGUGAAUGUUUUAUCCCCCUCCAAACCGGCAACAGAGAGAUUAGACAGUGUUUUUUUAAUUGUAUGACCACGAGAAAUAAUAAAAGCAAAAAUAUGUGGACUGUU